AUGGCGACAGAUAUCGCGGCUGGCCACUUAGGCCUGCUUAGCCAGCGCAUCUUCGUAACCGGAGCGAACGGAUUCAUUGCCGCCUACUGCACUGCUGAACUUCUUCGAAAUGGCUACCAAGUUGUUGGUACUGUUAGAAGCGCAGAGAAAGCAUACGCUGUGCUCAAAGCUCAUCAGCACAACCCGUCCCUUAUACUUGAAAUAGUACCCGAUGUCACCAUCACCACCGCGUUCGACAAAGCAAUUCAGGGGUGCCAUGGAGUGCUGCACCUGGCAUCGCCGUUCGGAUACGCCAUCAAUGGCACAAAGGCAAUAUGCCUUGCAGCCACCGAGACACCAAGCGUCAAGCGCGUCGUGUUGACAAGCAGUUUCGCUGCUGCCUUCGACGCAUCAGCCGGUCCCUCCUCGGGGAAGGUAUACAAAGAUGACGAUUGGUCGCCGUUGACCUACGAGGAUGGGAAGACGGCGACUGCGACACUGGUGGCAUACAGGGCGAGCAAGAAGUUGGCCGAGGAGGCUGCGUGGGCUUUUGUCAAAGAGAAGAAGCCUUCUUGGAAUCUCGGCAUUCUGUGUCCUGGGAUGGUCUUUGGUCUAUUGUUCCCUGGGACCCUAAAUUCUCUCAAGAAUCUGAAUGCCAGCAACCAGAUCGUGUGGGGUCUGGCUGAUGCUGAAGAAGUACCGGUUACUAAAGCGCGUCUAUGGACUUCCGUCACGACUCUCGCCCAAGCACACGUCAAUGCUCUCAACAUACAAGAGGCCGGCAACGAACGAGUCCUCGUUAUAAAUGGCAGCUUUGACAACCAGGAGCUUGCAGAUAUCGUUCAUGAAUCCGUUCGAAUACCAGAAAGGGUGAAGGAAAGAGUUCCGAAAGGCUCUCCUGGCAGUAGGCUCACGGGCAAGAUUUUCACGGCAGGUAGCAGCAAAGAUGUUAGCAUUCUGGGUCUUGAUCUGAACGUUUCACAGGAGAGCUUGUCAAACACAAUUAGCGACCUUGUCUUGCAACUCGCAAACAUAGAAACUCAGUCAUAAAUCGAUCUCUCAAUCUCUU